AUGUCAGACAACCGCCCCAAACCAUCCAUACCGGCGUGGCAACGAGCUGCCCAGCCGAAAUCUCCACCGCGAGAUGAUCCGGUCUACGCGCAGGCCGAAGCGGAGGCCAAACCGACGGAUAACAUUGAAACAAUAGCACCGACACCGACCGAGGACGAGACUCCUGCUGAUCCCGUCAGUGGAGAUGCUGCACCGGAGAUGGCGCCCUCGGAAACUACCUCGUCCACCACAGCAACACGAGCAAGCGACUCAAAGCCAGCCACGUUCGAGGCCGACGACUUUGCGAGAUUCAGCCAGCAACAACAGCAACCCCCAGCACAACCACCGCCUGCCGUACAACAACGAUCAGCACCUCCUCCGAUCAUCACAUAUCCCGAAUUCCUUGUGGAAGCACACAAACCUCCACCACUCAUUACUCCAUCAAGAGUCAUCAAUGCCAUCUACCUUGCUGGUGGUCUCUCAGCGAUCCUCUACGGUGCAAGCAAAUGGCUCAUCACACCUAUGGUAGACAGUCUUUGCGAGUCAAGGCAUGAGUUUCUCAAUCACAGCCAGACCAAAGUCGACGAACUCAACGAGCGACUAUCCAAGAUCGUGAGCAAACUUCCCGAAGCGAAGAAACAGAGCAACGCAGAAGGGGAGAUUGACGACACCGAGAGCGACGCCAGCGAUCCUACCGAGCUAUACCACCGCGACAUGGGCACGCAAACCGAAUCGCCUCAGCCAUCCCGGUCCACCUCCGUGCCUGAGGUGAAAAAGACGGCCGUAGAUCACGAAACUACUGCAAUGUCAAUCAUGCAGUCACACUUUGCGGAGAUGUUGGAAGGAUCCGACAGCGUUGGAGAGUCGGCAAAAGAUCGGUUGGACAGUGUCAAUAAGCUAAGGCACUAUUUGGACGGCCUGAUCUACAACACCGCAAGUAUGCCCGUGUGGCAGGCCGCGGAAGAUGGUAUGACUAUGAGGCCUGCAAAUGGUGCACCCAAGAACGACGGAGUUGAGGACUUGAAGAAGGAAAUCAGGGGGGUCAAGGGCGUGCUGUUGAGUGCCAAGCGGUUUCCCGCAAGACCAGUUGCUGCCGGUGGUGCGUAG